CCGGCACAGUCGCACUGCGCUCAUCCCGACUCCCCUACUGCCAGACAGGCGCGCGUCCUGCCAAGGUUUAGCUGCGAACGGAUGAACUGUGCAGCACCUUGGCCCCAACUUGGCCGCAACGCAUGUCUGGGGCAUAGAUCGGGUCCCUUUCACGUGCCCCGGGGUAGCGCGGGGAAAGUCGAUUGGAUGCGCAUUAGACGUUCUCGUGUCAGGUCCUCGCGGGCGUGUGAUCCCUGUGAGCAGGACGCCUGCUAUUUAACCGCCUAUGUCCGCCUUCGUGCCGUCCGUCGCUCGGGAAGACCCCCCUACGACGUCCUGCUCUCUCGACAACGGAAUCACCCUCUCUGCCUCCAUGGCCACCACUGAGUUCCACGGACCCAGCGGGCCUCUUCCUCACGUUCCCGAUGAUGUCACACUCGUUCAGUUCAUGCUCGAUUCUGAUCACCCAUCAAGACCGGUCAAGAGAAUCCUCCAAGGGAACCCCUGGAUGAUCGAGGACGCGACGGGCAGGCAGAUCGGCUACGGCGAGGUGCGAAUGCGCACACAUGGCUUGGCAAACGCGAUAAGUUCGCGCUGGCGCAUUGCCGAAGACGACGUAGUUUGCAUAUUCGGACCCAAUCACGUCGACUAUCCGAUAGCUGUCUGGGCUGUACACCGGCUCGGCGCUACCGUGACUUGCGCGAAUCCGGCGUAUACCGCCGGAGAAUUGCAAUACCAGCUGGAGACCACGAAAGCGAAAGUGCUCAUUGUCCACGGUCAGAGCUAUUCGGUUGCAAUCGCCGCUGCGAAGGCUAUAGGCUUGUCGCUCGAUCGCAUCGUCCUGUUCGAUCCGCUGGAGAACUCGGCGUCGUCCUCGUAUAAGCACUUAACCGUACACGAGCUCAUCAAAGAGGGCUUGGAAAGGCCACAGAGCUAUGUCGAGCGCAAGCUGAAGCGGGGAGAAGGCAGGACGAAACUUGCGUUCCUCAGUUUCUCCAGUGGAACAACGGGCAAGCCGAAGGCCGUGUGCAUCUCGCACUACGCACCCAUUGCUAAUGUCCUUCAGAUGGCGCACCUCGCCAACCAACAACCGGGGCCCUGGGAGAUUGUGAAGUACAGAACGGGCGGUGUUGCCAUGGGAGUGCUUCCGUUCUACCACAUCUAUGGGCUCGUCGUGAUCAUGCACUUCAUGAUGUUCUAUGGGGCCAGCCUUGUUGUUGUUCCCAGAUUCAAUCUACUCGAUUUCUUGGGCAGCAUACAGCGGCAUAAGAUUGGCCUCCUUCCGGUCGUUCCGCCAAUGAUCGUUCUCUUGUGCAAACAUCCGGCCGUCAAGAACUACGACCUCAGCUCAGUUCAUGCGAUCAUGAGUGGUGCUGCGCCGUUAUCGCCCGAGCUCACGAACCAGCUUGCCAAGGUCCUCCCACAAGCAUGCGUAGGGCAGGGAUACGGCAUGACGGAGACGUGUACGACGAUAUCCUUCCCGCAGAUCGAGCAGAAGAUCUGCACGCCGGGUUCGGCAGGGAGACUCGUUCCUGGGGUCGUCGCGCGCGUUGUGAAGCCAGACGGCUCGCUCGCGGGUUUCAACGAGCCGGGCCACCUGAUUGUGAAGGGCCCAGCUAAUGCCCUGCGUUAUCUGAACAACGAAGAAGCAACGAAGGAAACGUUCGUGGACGGAUGGGUACAUACUGGCGACGAGGUCACCAUUAAUGAGACGAUGGAGGUGUUCGUCGUUGAUCGGAUCAAGGAACUCAUCAAAGUUAAGGGCUUCCAGGUGGCGCCCGCCGAGCUUGAGGGCCAUGUCCUGGAUCAUCCAGACGUAUCUGACGUCUGUGUGGUCGGCCUGCCGGAUGACUACAGCGGAGAGCUUCCCCUCGCUUUCGUGACACCCAGCGUCGCGGCCGCGGAACGAAUGAAGAAAGAUCCCGCUGAGGCGGCCAAGAUUCGGACAUCGAUCACGAAGCAUGUCGCGGACGCGAAGGUGAAUUACAAGCACCUGGAGGGCGGAGUGGAGUUCGUCGAGGCGAUACCUAAGAACCCGAGUGGGAAGCUGCUGAGGCGGGUGUUGCGGGAUCGGGCGGCCGAGUUGAGGAAGCAGGGGAAGUUGUCGAAACCGCCCAGGUCGAGGAUGUAACCACCUCAAAUUGAUGGGGGUAGGUAGAUGAAGAUAUUGUAUUUUUUCUUUCGUGUCCGACACUGUCACGCACAUUGUUGGUUGCUAUCCUAAGACGAACUCUUGGGUUCGCAUACAUUGGCUGCCAACUUGCUCAGCUCCAAUCCUACCUGUACGUCGCCUAGUCAUCGUGUGUGUGACGUGACAGUACACGCGGUAGAUAUGCAGGUGUAGAUGGCCCAUGGCUAAGUAUAGGGCGGAGGCGGGUGCCGUUGACUCAGUAGACUCAGCCCUAGAAUGCCGCACGU